AUGACUCCAGACAGGAGCCCGGACACGUCGGUGCUGGAGCUGGCCGUGAGGCUGAGGAAACAGGCCGAGUCCAGGAAGGUGGUGCUGGCCUGGGGGCUCCUCAACAUCUCCGUGGCCGGGCUCAUCUACACGGAAAUGACUGGGAAGCUCCUGAGCACGUAUUACAACAUCACCUGCUUCCCUCUGUGGUACAUCGGUGAGUCCUUCCCGCAUUCCAGGAGGGAUUCCGGGCUUUUUUUCCCCCGCUCGUUUUCUCCCCGUUUUAAAUUUAAACCCAAGUUUUCUGCGACCUCCCUCAGAACCGCCGGAAUUUCAUCCCUUUUAACGGCAGAGAAGGAGUUUUGCAUCAGGAAAACAAAAACAAUCCCACCAGGAUUGGUUUUUUUUUUUUCUCUCCCCCCUCCCCCUAAGGUUUCCAGCUUCAGCCACUCUCCCAAUGGAUCCCCCUAUUCCCCGGGAGCGGCGGAGGGCGGCGGGAUAAGGUCCCACUACCGGUUCUCCCCCAUCCUGUACAACAACAGCACCCACAAGGAUGACUACAUAACCGAUGUCAAAUCCCUGGACACCUUCCUGAGGAACGAGGAGGAGAAGCAGCACAGAGUCCAGCUGGGGAGUUCCGACUCCAGCUCCCCUUCCAGCAGCCCAACCUUCUGGAAUUACAGCCGCUCCAUGGCAGACCACGCCCAGAUCCUGAGGAAAUUCCAGUACCAGCUGGCCUGCAGGUCCCAGGCUCCGUCAGCACACAAGGAUGAGGCAGAUCUGAGCUCCAAACAGGCAGCAGAGGAGGUCUGGGCGCGGGUGACGAUGAACAGGCAGCUCCUGGAUCACAUGGAUUCCUGGACAGCCAAGUUCAGGAAUGUAAGUCCCACCUCCCAGGGCUUUAAAGACAAGGGGAGCAGGGAAUUCUCGGCCUGGGAUGGGCUGUCAAAUCCCACCCAAAGUGUUGGUCAUCUCCCUGAAUUCCUGGAACGAACAGGACAGGGAACGGAGCCGUCAAAGCAGACCCAAAACUCCACCAGAGCGGCCCCAAAAACGAUCUUUGUGGCCAGCAUCAGCAGCCUGAAGCAGGCAGCCCUGGUGAAAGCUCCUCUCAUCCCCACCCUGAACGCCCUGGUGCAGUACCUGGAUCUCACCCCCAACCAGGAAUACCUGGUGGAGAGGAUCAGAGAGCUUUCCCAGGGCGGCUGCAUGAGCUCCUUCCGAUGGAACGGAGGAGGAGACUUCAAGGGACGCAAGUGGGACACGGACCUGCCCACGGACUCCUCGAUCCUCAUGCACGUGUUCUGCACCUACCUGGACUCCAGGCUCCCUCCUCACCCCAAGUACCCCGACGGCAAAACCUUCACUUCCCAGCACUUCAUCCAGAGCCCCGAUAAACCAGACACUUCCAACGAGAACCUGUUCUGCAUCUACCAGAGCAGCAUCAACCCGCCCCACUACGAGCUCAUCUACGAGUGCCACGUCUACAGCCUGCCCAAGGUACGGGGUGGGAUGGGAUGGGAUGGGAUGGGAUCCUCCCGCUCCCAGGAAUCCUCUCCAGCUCCACUUCGGGAUGUUUGAACUCCUAAACCCAUUUAUGGGCUCUUUACCUCAGCCUGGCCCAGCCUGCUCUAAG